AUGGCCGACGAAGCUACCAAGGCUCACCUCCGCUCCAAGUUCGACAAGCUCACCGCCGAUGACUUCAAGGAGGUCGCAGGCAACAAGGACGCCCUCAUCACCAAGGUCGCUGAGAAAUACAGCAUCUCCAAGGAGGAGGCCACGAAACAAGUCGAGGAUGGCUUCGCUGGCAAAUAA